GCUCGCAUUUACAGCACAAUUUCCCGAACGCAGUUAAGUCGACGGGAACGUUUCGAGGUAAUUCUCUCGUUUUCGCCAUUCGACGUUAUUUCGCAAUUCUUCUGUGAGUUUUUAACGAACAGCCGGAUUUAACACCGAAGUGCGAAAACAUGGCUGAAGAAAAACUGACAGGCUUCUACAAGUAUUUCAAUAGCUCGACCGUAUAUGGUCGUGCAAACACAUCGAAAGUUACGCUUGGCGCCACUGCACUGAUCUGCCUGUACUUUUACUUCAAACCGAAGAAACAACAGACAAAAGACAAUUCGAAGGAAUAGUCAUGUUACGUAACGAUAUAAUGUGCAGUGCGAUAUAAUAUAUGUGCAGUACUGAUUCUCCAAAUAAAUAGCUAGAUGGAAUUUUGGUAUAA